CGUCUUGUCGCCGGUCUCCCGCCAGUCGAGUCGCGUCCGCCGAAGUGUGAACGUGGUUCCCUUUGUGUCCGGCCGAUUAACCCCUCGGAUUUUGCACCAUUCCCGCGAGCGCGCGACCCUUCCUCGAGGCGGAAAAAAAAAUGGCCUGUAACAGAGCUGCCAAAUCCGGAUUCGCCGCGGAGGCGCAGAGGAAGAUCAAUAGCAAGUACAGCGAGGAACUCGCGCAAGAAUGUUUGGAAUGGAUCAAGACGAUCACCGGUGAAAACAUAAACACCAACGGGGACAUGGACAACUUCUACGAAAUUCUGAAGGACGGCACCCUGCUUUGCAGGCUGGUGAAUGACAUCAAGGAGGGCUCGGUGAAGAAAAUUAACAAGACGUCGCUGGCCUUUAAAUGCAUGGAGAAUAUAAACGCCUUCUUGGAGGCUGCGAAGUCAUUAGGAGUUCCGCCGCAAGAGACCUUCCAGACCGUAGACCUCUGGGAAAGACAGAAUCUAAAUUCCGUUGUUAUUUGCUUACAAUCUCUUGGGAGGAAGGCGGGUAAUUACGGCAAACCAAGCAUCGGUCCUAAAGAAGCGGAUAAGAAUGUACGCAAUUUCACGGAGGAACAACUGAGGGCCGGACAGGGCGUGAUAAGUCUACAAUAUGGCAGCAAUAAAGGUGCCAAUCAAAGCGGCAUUAGUUUCGGAAACACCAGACACAUGUAAACAUUCACCUCCGCAUUCGCGUCGAGAGGCAAAACCAUUUUGUUCUCACCUCUCUUCUGACUUUAUUCCCGUACUCCUUUAGACGUAGCGUAACGCAUAAUAGAUGUUAACGAGGUCCAAAAUGAAGUAUAUUAAACGGUGUGUAAGAUAUCCUCACCGCAACAGAGGAUAAAAUACAGAUAUAAGAUUCUUCAAAUGAAAAAAGUGAUAUAAGGUAUAACUUAAGAAAAAAAAAAAGCGACUUAAUCCUUGGACGUAUAACGCGAAUUGUUCUGAUCAUAAUAUAAAAGGGCACACACAUUCGCCCUUUUUUAUUAUAAUUUGAAUAUUAACGACUGUACCUUUGUCUUCUUUUAGAUAGUUUUUGAGCACACAAUUUACUCAACACAAAAUUUAUCAAAUUAAUUUUCUGUUGAGUUUUUGCGAAUUUUAUUAGGAAGCCAUAAAUCCAAGGAUUAAAUCGUACCUAUGUUUUGUAUUGAUAUGAACUAUAUUUAAUUUAAUUUUUUUUGUUAUCACUUUUACUUCAAAUAAUCUAUCACGUAAUGAUUCAGAUAUGAUAUAUUUAAGCGAAUAUGUUAAAGCGAGAACUUCUAGAAGUACGUAAUAUUUUAUAUUCCGUUUCUUGAUUGUCUGACAAUUCAAAGUGAAUCUUUUUUACUUAUUACAUGCAUACGUUAUCAGUAUGUACCUAUAGCGCCUAUAGUUAUUGUAUUUCACGUGACUUACAAUGUGACUGUGUAGGCUCUCAGGAUAGAAAAUACACAUUCUUACACAAUACAAAGGAACAAAGAAUAUCGUGCGUUAGAAUUAGCUCGGACAGCCACUAUAAUUGUUGAACGUUUCAAAGUAUAUUGUAUGUACAACGAAGAGAGUUACUGGCUAGCUGUAUCAUUGUCAUUGCGAUUGAAUAUCUCAAGUUACAAAUCACUCUACAAAAUUUAUGUUGCAUGAAAGAUAAUAAUUAUGUAUUAAGUAUUUUGUACAAAUAUAUAUUGAAGGUUAGAAAAAUAA